AUGGAAAAUCCAAAAUUAUUCUACAGCUACAUAAGAAGCAGCACACGAAAUAGAGAUCCAAUCCCCCUCCUGAAGACAAGCGGAGACGUAGAGAUUAGUGACGAUGGAGAAAAAGCUGAGCACUUUUCACAAUUUUACAAAUCCAUCUUUACUAGUGAAAGUCCAUUUACUCCCCCCGACUACGACUUCGAUGAGGGUCCAAAAAUUGAGUCUGUAUCUUUUGAUGAAACGACGGUUCGCAAAGAGCUAAUGACGCUAAAUGAGUCGAAAUCACCAGGUCCAGACGACAUACCGCCUAAGUUACUGAAGGAGCUCGCUGCCAAACUAGCCAAACCAUUGUCCAUGCUUUUCCAAGCCUCGUUCGAAGCCGGCUGCUUGCCCGCCGACUGGAAAUCUGCGCGGAUCACACCACUGCAUAAAGGAGGCAGCAAGGCCUCUGCAAACAAUUACAGGCCAAUUAGCCUCACCUCAAUCUGCUGCAAACUCAUGGAGAAAAUAAUCAAGCGAGAGCUAAUGCGCUUCCUAGAGCAGCAUAAUUUAUUAUCUGAUGCGCAGCAUGGGUUUCGUAGUGGCAGGUCUUGCGUGACUAACUUGCUCAACUGUUGGGAACGUUGGACUCGGUCAGUUGAUGAAGGCAGUGCGCUGCAUGUAGUCUAUAUCGACUUUAAAAAGGCAUUUGAUAGUGUCCCACAUCAGCGACUCCUGCACAAACGGAACGGAACAGGCGUUAGGGGUAACAUCUUAAAAUGGAUUCAAAGCUUCCUAUUAAACCGUUGUCAAACUGUCCAUGUCGGUGGCCAGCAGUCCACGGAGGUUGCCGUUGAAAGCGGUGUUCCCCAAGGCUCAGUUCUUGGCCCUACUUUGUUCAUUAUUUACGUCAACGAUUGCGUGAGUGAACUGGAUUGUGGUGUCGCCAUGUUUGCGGAUGACAUUAAGCUCUGGAGCGUCAUUCGAACUGCAGAUGACGAAGAGCAUUUGCAGGCGAACCUAAACCGACUCCAACAGUGGUCAAAGGACUGGCUUCUGCCGUUUAACGAGAGAAAAUGCAAUAUUCUACGAGUCGACAGUGCUCGCUCUCCGAACCAUAUGGCCUACUGCCUAAAUGGCAUACCACUGCACGAAGUGGACUCGCAGAAGGACUUGGGAGUAUGGAUUACGCCGUCGCUAAAACCCUCGCUCCACUGCACGAAGAUAGCCAAGUCUGCAAUGUCAGUACUCUACCUUAUCAAGCGGGCUUUCUAUGCCUUUGACGAAGACUGCUUCGCUAAAGUCUUUCGAACUUUUGUGCGUCCGCAACUAGAAUUUUCUAUCCAAGCUUGGAGACCCUGGACCGCGAAGGACCUCAGCAUCCUUGAAAGGGUUCAAAGGCGUGCAACGAAACUUGUGGCAGGACAGGGUUCACUACCAUAUGCAACGCGGUUAGCUAACCUUGAUCUCUUUCCCUUGAGUUACAGGCAGUUACGGGGUGACCUGAUACAAGCCUUCCGUAUCAUACGCGGUCAGGACUGCAGUCUCGUACCGGGGACUACUUCGAGUUAG